AUGAAGAACGUGUUUAGCCUGCGGAGUAGGAAGGGCUGGUGGUUCUGGGGCAUCAACUCACAGUCCCACAACGCCGGCGUCAAGAAUGUCAACUCAAGGCAGCGUGGGUACAGCGACAUUCACGAAAAAGAUCUGGGGAAGAUCCACAAAGCUGCGGUGGUCGGAGACGUAGCCAGAGUGCAAGAGAUUCUCCUGCUGGGGAAAAGUGGCUUGAAUGAUCAGGACAAGCAGCUCAGGACUGCCCUCCAUCUGGCCGCUGCCCAUGGACAUGAGGAAGUGGUAACCCUCCUCGUAGAGAGAAAAUGCCAGCUUAACCUGUGUGACAGUGAGAACAGGACAGCUCUGAUGAAGGCGGUACAAUGCCAGGCUGAGGCAUGUGCAACUCUUCUGCUAGAACAUGGUGCUGAUCCAAACAUCAUGGACACCUACGGCAACACUGCUCUGCAUUCUGCAAUCACUACUGACAACACAGCAAUAGCAGGGAAGCUGCUUUCACACAAAGCAGAUAUUGAAGCAAGAAACAAGGCUGGCCUCACACCUCUUCUAAUUGCUAUCAAUGAAGGGAAACAGGAAAUGGCUGAAUUUUUCAUCAAAGAGGGGGCAAACAUACACGCUGUGGAUAAGUACAGACGCUUUCCCCAACUAAUUUCUCAAUUUAAACAAGAGCAGAGACUUAACACUUCCUCUGAAAAGAACAACCCAGUGCUUAAGAGUUCUGAAGAAGGCUCCGUAUGGAAUCUCUCCAGCAAGUUUAGCAUAGAUGAUUCUCACCCCAUAUCAAAUGAUGACCACAUGAGUUUUGAAAUCCAGACGGCCCAACUCCAAAGCUUAAAACUGAUGACUACUACUCAGCAAUGCAAGAAAGACAAGGUGAAGUGUGACCAUGUGACACCCGAAAAUGCAUCUUUACAUGAGGACAAUAACUCUAGUGUUAAAGUAGAUGACGUGAUUGAAAUCUUCAUUUCACCCAGCGAUGAUCAGGAAUUUUCUCCUCCGGACUUUCCAUCACCUGCACCUCUUCUAAAUCCUCUCCAGCCUUUAGGACUUACAAAAAAAAUGACCACUCAAAUCCCGAAAAGGCCCCGCACUCGCCCCUCCCUGGAAAUCACGCAGUCCAGCCCCAGCAAGUCCGUGCUUCCAGCGCUUACCCGUGUCCCUACCGCAGAGCCUAGAACCGAAGGAGCCACAGAGCCAGUCAUUGGGAAAAAAGAAGAGCUUGGCAGUGAAAGUGCUCCCCAACAGCAGGCUGAUAACUACAACCUGACUCACCUUGAGGGAAGACACAAAGAUAGUAGACAUGACAUUAUGUCAGCAUUAGGAUCAGAAGAGGAAGAUGUACAGUCACUUUGGGAUCUUGAGGUUGAGGAAGCAAAGGAACGGAUCAAAAGUAGUGAAAUGGGAUUGUCUGAAAAAAUAUACGAUGCUGCUGAUGCUUUUGAUCGAUUCCUUCAACAAAGGAAGAGUGGGAACAGGGGUAACCAGCUGUCUUCUGUCUCGAAGGGUGAAGACUCUGAGAGUGGUCCUGUCUUGCCUAUGAAGGAAGGAAAGAAAACUGAAAUUAAAAAAUGGACCACAAAAGCACCUGUGAUUCCACCAGUAUUUGAGAAGUCUGCCUCCCUAGCUGGUGGUGUACUUCAAGUGACUGAUGACAGCAGUUUGAGUGAAAUAGACUGGAAUGAUGAGAGGUGUUCAAAGAAAUCAUCUAAUGGAAAGAAUAAGGUCAAACAGCAAACUAAGUCUGCGGAUGACCUCGAUGACUUCAUUCAGUCAUCUGAAACAGCUUCAGAGGAUUGCAAGUUGCCCUCCUGUAAUUAUAAGAAUUUUAUGUCACUCAUUGAACAACAUGGUGUCAAUUGCAAAGGAUUUUGUCUCGGUUUGGCUUCUCUAGUAAACAGAUUUGGAGGUUUGCUUGCAGGUCCUUACUGGGGAGUGCACUUUGGGACAUCGCGUGUACAUAAAAAAAUUAAGGAGCAGUUAAGAAAAAAGAAAGAGCAGUUCAGUAAAGAAGUUGAAGCCAGACAGCAGCUUGAACUCAGGCUUCGCGCCCUGGACAUGGAAUUGAGGACUGUCAGAAAUAAUUUGGAGCAGGUUUCUGGCAGCGAUGAAAGAGAAAAAGACCUACUCCACAAAAACCACCUAUUACGGGAUGAAAUUGUCAUGCUAACACAGGAGAUAGAGACAAUAAAAAAUCAGAGCCAGGAAAAGGAAAAGGAGUAUUUUGAUGAGAUUGAAAAUAUAAAAGAAAAGAAUCAUAAGCUUAGAAAGACAAUACAACUGAAUAAAGAAACUUUAGCAGAAACAAUUUGCCAGCAUAGCCAACAACUGCAUAGUCUAAAGGCUGAGGUUGCAAUACUAAACUCUAAGCUGGAGAGUGAAAAGCAGAACAAAGAAAGGCUGGAAACAGAAGUGGAAUCAUGCCGUUCUAGACUGGCCAUCGUUCUCAACGAUCAUAAUCAGAGUCAAGCAUCCAAGAGAGACCUAGAACUGACUUUCCAGAGAGCAAGAGAGGAGUGGCUUCAUUUACAAGAAAAAAUUAAUUUUGAUGUGGCUCAGCUAAAAGUCGACAAUGAGGCUCUCUCUCAGAAACUUUCUAGCUCUGAACGUAAAUUCAACAAUCUAGAAAUCGAGCUCCACCACACAAGAGAUGCUCUCCGAGAGAAGACUGUAGCUUUAGAAGACACCCAAAGAGACCUCAAGCAAGCUCAGUGUCAAAAGAAGGAAAUUGAGCACAUGUAUGGAAACGAGCAAGAUAAAGUGAGUGACUACAUCGCGAAGCAGGCAGCCUUAGAGAAGAGGGUGUCUCAGCUGCAGGGUGAAAAUACCUUUCUUCGAGAGCAACUGGAGGACGCUCAGGACAAAACUGAGGACAAAGAGAAGAUGCUGCCCAGCUUAAAAACUGGGGAUGAAUUGAUGUGGAACUUUGACUUAACAGCAGAAUCCAGUACCCGUGAUUUUCGGCAGCCUCUGCUGGUCCCUGAGUUACUGCAGCGUCAGCAGGGCAUAGAACAAGUUCUCUAUGAUAUGGGCAGGAUUGAAAAAGAAAAUGUCAAGCUAAACAAUACCAUCAAAAAACAGGGGCGCAAAAUUGAGCAGCUUCAGAAAAAUCUGCUGAGUACCAAUAUGCAGAUGGAUGAUAUUACUGUGAAACUGGAAACAGCAUCUUCAGCCUGGCCUCAUCUGGAAGCAGAAAAUCAACUUCACCCACAGGAGUUAUCUAUGGAAGUAAUGCAAAACAAAUGUGAAAGACCAGAGAAGAAAAAGAAAUUGAAACAAGUAAUAGUAAACCACAAAAGUCCUGUUAAAACAAAGUUGGUAGAAUGCUGUCAAGUGGAGAAGGACAUGAGAGUAAUUGAACAAACAGUACAGGAUAUAGAAGAAAAAGUUAAAGAAGUCAGUCUACUUUUACAGACAAAAAUAACAUCUCAAGAACACUUAGAGCAACUAAUAGAGAGUCACAAUACUUCAGUGAGAAGUCAGAUGGAACUCAGUUGUAAAGUUCUGGAAACCGAAGUUUCCAGAAUGAAAACUGAAAAAGAUUCCAACAGAACAGAACUAGAAAGAUACAAGCAUCUCUACCUAGAAGAAGUAAAAGCCAGAGAAUCUUUGGAAAAUAGGCUAAGCAGGAUGAAUGAUAAACUAACGAAAAUCAGUAGCAAACGUCAUAUGGAGAAAAUGCAUAACAGAUGUCUACUCAGCACUUUUGCUACCAGGCCCAGCACAGGGCCACCUUAUGUUGCAGAUCUUAACCAUUUAGUGCCCUAUAGCUAUCUUACUGCAAGACAAAGUUCAACUGCCUAUCCCACCUCCAACGCAGGGCUCUCAAAUGACAGCAGAGGCACUUACUACAACAAGGUGUCCUGGAGCACACUUGGCCCAGUAACCUCAGGAGCACAAUCUCCAGGAAAAUCUGUGCAACUUUCUGGAGCAGAUGCACAGAACCCAGGGCUCACUGUUAGCCAGCUUCCGAGGACCCAGGAGCGCCCAUCCUCCCUGCCUGGACUUGGCAGGAUCCUGGGCAACCUGCCAGCUGGGUAG